AUGUCAAAUAUUAGACACUUUGAAUUUGAUAGACCUAUACAGAACCAACAGCCUGCUUUUAAUAUAGAAAAGAUAUUUCCUGACUUCUCUAUUAAAAGUUUUACUUUUAUUAUAACUGUAUCUCAGAUUGCUAUUUAUUUAGUUACGCUUGGUUUUUCUUUAAGCGCUGAACCAACUAUAUGCACUUUAUAUGCAUUUGGGGCAAAGGUGACUUAUGUUUAGCAUGCAAUAAUAAAAUUGUUUAGGAUGAAAAGGUAAUUCGCUCGGUAGAUUCUUUUACCUCACCCAAGUUUUAUGAUAGGGUUUAGGCUGUCACAGAUGGAAUUCUGCACAAGAGGAGAAAAUGGUGAGGAAUUUUCUACUUCGCCCUCAUUUUGAAGGGUGUUUUACCUAUUUCUAAUGCUGAUAUAAAAGGCACGACCCUUAAAUUGAACAGGGAUGAAGAAAAUUCGGAUAGAGUAAGGUAGCAUGCUAAGCCGCUAGUUCUUCCCGUACUUCUGAGCUCUCAAAUGGCUUCAUGAGGACUAAGAGGAGUGAGCCAGACUGCAAGGUUAGACAUUUGCUCGAGAUUAGCGACAAGACUGAUAAAAAAGAGCCUCGUAGCGCUAUGCAACUAGAAGCUCAACUAAUUAAAUUAAGUUAAAUGGCAAUGAUGGCUUAUAUUUAGUACACGCCAUCGAUUGUGCUAAAAGGUCAGGUAUGAAGAUUAGUGCUUCCUAUAUUACUUCACGCAAAUACUCUUCAUAUUUUGGUAAGUGUAAAAUAGUUCAAUGCAUUUUUUCAGCUAACUUUCAGGAUAUAUCUUACACUGAAAAUAAUAUAAAGGAUUUUUUUUAAAUUAAAUUCUAUCCUUUUAGAUGUCUAAUUAAAUUUAAUACAAUUAUUAAUUUUUGCGCUUUUUAAAUUGAAAAAAUCAUAAAAUUGAGGAAAAUUCAUUCAAAAAUUUUAUUAAAUAUCUCCUAACUCCGCCCCCCCAUCCUUGAUCGAACGACUCGCCAUCGUUCGAUCAAGGAUGGGGGUUAAAAAAAAUUUUUUUCAGGAAAAAAAAUAUAUAUAUAUAUAUAUAUUUUUUUUAUUUACUUUUAAAUAAGAGGGUUAAGAGUAUUUAAUAAUUAUUUUUACAGCAAAAAAUUGAAUUAAUUUCAUAAAAUACCAAUUUUUAAUAUUUUGAUUAUUAGUUACCCUUUUUAAACUGCAUAAAUUUUAAUUUGUUCCUUACUGAAUUAAUUUUGUUUUUUUAAAUUUUAAAGAAUCUCUAUUUUAUUAGAUUAUUGAGUUUUAAGCCUAGGUUGAUGGCUAAAUCACUUCAGAUGGUUGAUUCCGCAGCUUUCUGUCGUCUCAAAGCUCUGAAAACAACUUCAUUAGGUACAUCUUCCUAAGCUUUUGAUAACUAAUAUAUUUUAUAUAUAUAAAAAUUUGCAUAAUAUGAAAAUCGUUCGAUCAAGGAUGGGGGUUUUAAUUUCCCCAAUUUUUAGGAAUUUUUACAGUCAAUCGUUUGAUCAAGGAUGGGGGGGGGGAGUAAAUAAUAAUCAAAAAAUUUCAAGAGAGUAAGAAUUGGCUUCGCAGUAGAAAAAUAUUAUCAGACUUAUAAAUUUAUACUUAUUUACAUAAUUUCUGGGAUUGGCGGAAACAUUUUCAGUGCAUAUUGGGAUUCUCAAAACGUCUCUGUAGGAGCUUCUACAUCUUUAUUUGGAGUUUUUGCUAACUUUGGCUGCUAUUAUGCCUAUAAUUGGCACAAAUUUGGCCCAGGAAGGGAUUUUAACCUACUGGUCUAUGCGAUAAUUGUAGCAAUUAGCUUUGGAUCUGCUUAUGAUACACCUAACAUAGACAUAGCUGGACAUAUAGGUGGCUUUAUUUCAGGCAGCCUAUUAGGUUUUGCAUUAAUACCUAGAGAAGAAUCAGAAAGACGAUGGUGCUAUAUUAUUUAUGGGAGUUUUAUAGGUGUUAUUAUCUAUUUCACAGUCCUCGCACUGAUGGUAUUUAAUAUGGAAUUCCCUAUCUGUGAACAGUACAUAUGCGACCCAUGUUCAGGAACUAAAUAA